AUUGCUAACAUUAACUAAUAAACAAGUGGCUUAACAAGCACACUAUAGCCUACGAAGUUCUGUUACAAGCUAGUAGCUAGACGCGGCAGAUAUAUAGGCCUAGGAGAUUGUGCCUUAUUCCGAUAGCAGGUCUAAUGCUGACUGUUGCUGAAAGAAAUACAAUGUAACAGUAGCCUAACUGAGUGGUUAUUUGUAACGUCGCCUAUGCUGUGGCUACUGUUGCAAUCACAGCGUGUGGUCGUUUCUACUCAAGCUAGCUCACUCCACGUUCUGUUAUUUGGCAAGAUGAGGGUGAAGACGAGGCGACCGUAGACUUGGAAAAGUCUCCCAGAUUUUAAGAGAGCUCCGUUAUGUCCGGCCCAACCUGGCUGCCUCCGAGAACCCUAGGUAGCCCAGAGAGAGCCACGCCCCCCAUGUCACACGCUGGACAAUCGUUUUACCGGGCCCAGAUGAAGGUCUUGGCUGACCAGAGGCCCAAGUACGGUGCCUAUGAGCAGAAUGGUGUCACAGGGGGAGGUGGAGGGGGACCCACCAGGUACAUCGCCACUGGCCCGACAGGUGGCAGCAUGCAGCACCCUGAAGACCCCGGCUCUGUAGCUUUCCGCCCGUUGUCUCCUAAAUCUGGGGACCACUACUACCCCCCUUCCCACGGACCCAAUGACGAGCGCAACACAUGGAAUCCUCAUAUGGCAGGCUAUGACCAUCAGGGGCGAGGGCCGGAGAAGCACCACUCCAACAUAGACGCUGAGAUCGACUCACUGACCUGCAUGCUCGCAGACCUGGACAGCCACCCACACAGCGCAAGCACUCAGCUUUAUGAUAAUGUGCCUUACAAUAAGCACCUCUCAGGGGAUCGCUACAAGCCCUCGGGCCCACCAGGGGGUCACCCCCAGGGCCGUCCGUCCAUGGGCUACCCCCCUCACCCUCACCCCCAGAGCCAGUACCACCCCGCUCCCCCAUACGCCAGCGACCACCAGGCCUCUUCGUACAACUCCCAGCUGGACUACUCCUACCCUUCCCCUUCCUCCACGUCCUCCUCCUCGUCCUCCUCGGCCGCCGCUCACCACAAGCCCUACCCGCAGCCGGUGCCCGCGUCCUACACCACGGCGUCCACGCCGACCGGCCCGCGCUUCAGCGUCCAGGUCAAGACGGCCCAGCCGGUCACCACCUACUCGCAGACGGGCCGGCAGGCCGAGCAGGCGUACACGCCGCCGCCGCCGCCGCGCCAGCACGCCUCCCGCCCCCCGGCGCAGGACCACCGGCCACCUUACCAGGACCACCUGCCCAUCCAGGCCCAGUCUCAGCCGCACCAACACCACCAGCACCACCAGCAGCAGCAGCACUCACAGCACCCGCAGGGCUGGUACUCCAUGCCCCCGCCGCAGGCCCAGGAGAUGCACGGGUCAGGAGGAGUGCCGCCAGGAGUCCGAGCCAGCCAGGGACCCCAGCCGCCCAAGAAGGGUCCUGAUGCCUCAGGGACGGUACCGAGUCCAGCCUAUCAACUUAGUAAGGGGGCUGUGCCAAGGCCUGAAGAAGAGUUGGAUCGUCUCACAAAGAAACUGGUUUAUGACAUGAACCACCCCCCUACCGAGGAAUACUUUGGCCGGUGUGCGCGGUGUGGUGACAACGUUCUUGGAGACGGAAGCGGGUGCAUUGCUAUGGAGCAGGUGUUCCAUGUGGAGUGCUUCACCUGCAUCACCUGUCACGCCCGCCUGCGGGGCCAGCCCUUCUACGCACUGGACAAGAAGAGCUACUGCGAGGGCUGCUACAUAAGCACCCUCGAGCGCUGCUCCAAGUGUUCCAACCCCAUUCUGGACCGCAUCCUACGGGCCAUGGGCAAGGCCUACCACCCGCGCUGUUUCACCUGCGUGGUCUGCAACUGCUGCCUGGACGGGGUGCCCUUCACCGUGGACGCCACCUCCCAGAUCCACUGCAUCGAUGACUUCCACAGGAAGUUCGCCCCACGUUGCUCAGUGUGCGGGCAGCCAAUCAUGCCUGAGCCAGGUCAGGAGGAGACGGUGAGGAUAGUUGCCCUGGACCGAAGUUUUCAUGUCAACUGUUACAAGUGUGAGGAAUGUGGUCUGCUCCUGUCCUCAGAGGGCGAGGGCCGAGGCUGCUACCCCCUGGACGGACACAUUCUGUGUAAGGGCUGCAGUGCCCGCCGCAUCCAGGACCUCUCCGCCAAAAUCUCCACCGACUGCUGAGCCGCCAGGCCCACUGCCCACUGCCCUGCCUGCUGCCCCUCCCCCCUGCCUCACUGUGCCCAACCUCUCUGUUGUUGCCCAUCUGCCCUCUGCCAAUACAGUCCGACUGAACAAACGUCCAAAGCUGAAGAAUGUGUGUGUCUGUGUGUGCGCACGCGCGCGUGGUAUGACAUCAGAUAUGUGUGAUGCUUGAAAGUGAUUGAAACGUACUGUUCAGAAUUCCACCUCAAAAUUGAACACUAUAACAUUGACUCCUUUUGGUGAUGCUGUGUGUGUUGUUUUGUUUUUGUGUUAAUGUAACUCCUGUUCUUGGGUUUAGUUAAAUGCAGGUAAACAUAGAGAACUUGGAACUGAAACUUGGGUUGGCACCCAGUACCCAGUGCGACCCAGUUCUGCCCUAGUACCCGACCACACUCAAGUGAGUGCUAUACUAUGCUCCUGAGCUGCUGGCAGCAGGGUACCCCCAUAUACAACCACUCACCUUUGCUGUAAAUCAAUAGCUCUGCUUUGGGACAGCCAUACCAUAGUAAACAAAACAAGGUUGUAUGAUGAAACUACAUGCAUUGGUGUUUUUUGCUCCACCUCAGUACAGUUGUCAGUUUAUCUGUCCAGUGUGUUAUAAUGGGAGGGUGGUAGUGUGACUAGGGUGGUGCAAGGAGACUGUCUGAAAGGCUGUGGCGGACAUUUUGUAUUCCUUAGCGCAGUGUACAGUAGAGAAGAGGUGUUGUUUUUAUCUCCUCUUACCACAGGGAUAAUAUUGGUUACCAUGGCGAUUGAGACAAAAACAGGUCUCAAGUAGAUAAAUGAAGUCAGAAUUGCUGUGAAGUGAAGGACUUGAUAGGUGAAAUGUUUUGACAGAAACAUGGUAGUGAAGAUAGUGAUGACAACAAAAAUUAGAAGGUAACACUUUGUGUUACAUACGUGUAACACGGCAAUUAUCAGUAACUGUAUGUUGAUACUCUACACUCUUUCAUGUGCCCCAACCUAUCCCCAGUCUUAACCUUGAGCCUAUACAAGCUAGCAACGUGUUUUGACUUCGUAUGUUACACAUUGUUUUACAGGGUACAUAUAGGGUGGCUACAAGGUAACAGGUUACAGUAGCUAAAUAUUAAAGUGUAACUGAAAAUGGCACUAAGAAGGUUGGUGUUAUCGUUUUGGUCAUGGGAAGCUACUUAAGUCAUGGUUUGAUUCUGAGUGAGAGAGCUGCUAUUAACUGAGAUGACUGUAAUGCAAUAAUUUUGAAUUGCCUUUCGCAUGCAUCUGUAAAGUUACAUGUGGACGAAGGGCUCUUGUGAUUGCCGUUUGGUUGGUGAGUUUUAGUUGUUGGCCGAGGAUGAGGUGUUACGUGUGAAAAAUGCCGGUGUUAUGAAGUGGAGACCUCACGUGUCUAAUUUAUCAGUAACAAAAUAGCACAAGCCCUUUUUGACCCACGAUAUCUUUUGACCGGCUGGGAUUCUGCUUAGGCUUUUUGUUAGUUUGGCUCAUCGCAACGUGUGUGAGACUGUGUGUCAUCUUUAUGUGCAUUUCUUAACCACUAUUUGCAACUUCUAAAAUGAAACCAUGGAACUGUUGAUGCAAAACAUAGGAACUUUUUUUUGUCUGUGCCAUUUUGUGUUCUUUUUGUUUGUUUGUUUGUUUGUUUUGUUUUCAUCAAAUGCUCCCCAACCUCUUCAAAAGGAAAAAAAACUGAUAUCUAUUUUCACAACAAAAGUAACUUAAAGACCUUUAACAUCAAUUUGGAUUAAAGUUGCACAUUCAUUUUGUUAAUUUAUUGCAUUUCACGUAAGUGUCAGUCUUGUUUUCAAUCACUGUUAAGUCAGUGCAUUAGUCAUAGUUUAAGUCAAUAGUUUUCCCUCAGAAUAUGUGUAGGACAAUUUUGGUGUUGUUCAUUUUGUAUUUGUAAUUUUUUUUGUCCUUGCGUGGUCUUUUUGGACUAACAUCUCCUGUCAAUUUGCAUUGUUGCCAAGUAGUUAAACCAUUUUGCAAAGGUCCACCUUUGUAGAUGGCAGUCGAUGAACUCCUGAAUGGCCUGUAGCCGUGUGCUUUGGUGCAUGAGUUGAGUGAUUGAGUGGUUUAUUUUGAAUAUUGUGUGCGCAACAUCUGCUUUACUCUGUCAUUGAAUUGUAGUAUAUACUUCAUACAUAAACCCAUCCAUUUUCAAAGCAGACAAAUGUUACCUUUGGUGUUAUUCUUUGACAUUAAAGUUCCAUUUAAGUUAA